GGCGACAACAAAACGGAGCAGGCGCAGUAGAGCAAAGUCUUAUGAAACCGGCGAAAAAGGCGAGUGAGAGAGCAUAGACGGUGCAGUCACCUAUCAACUUGGUAAAAUGAUCAUAUCUGUCGGAAUGACAUAAACAUCACCGCCGGUGAGCCUCUUAGAGUUGAUUAUGGCCCCGAAUUCCAUCCACUGGUUCCGGAAGGGUCUGCGACUCCAUGACAACCCAGCGCUCCGCGAAGCAGUGCGGGGGGCGGGCACAGUACGAUGUGUCUACUUCCUAGAUCCAUGGUUCGCUGGUUCCUCCAACCUUGGGGUCAACAGAUGGAGGUUCCUCUUACAGUGCCUGGAAGAUCUUGACGCCAGCCUCCGCAAGCUCAACUCCCGACUCUUUGUCGUCCGUGGCCAGCCUGCCAACGUCUUUCCCCGUCUCUUUAAGGAGUGGAAGAUCUCCCGGCUUACCUUCGAGUACGACUCGGAGCCCUUCGGCAAGGAGCGGGAUGCUGCUAUCAAGAAGCUGGCGAUGGAGGCCGGGGUGGAAGUCUGCGUCAAAACCUCACACACCCUCUACGAUCUGGACAGGGUGAUCGAGCUCAAUGGCGGGCAGCCCCCCCUCACCUACAAGCGUUUCCAGACCCUGAUCAGCCGCAUGGACCCCCCCGAGCCCCCCGUGGAGCCGCUGUGUGCCUCUUUCAUGGGGCGCUGCGUCACGCCCGUCGCCGACGACCACGGAGACAAGUACGGCGUGCCCUCGCUGGAAGAGCUGGGGUUCGACACGGAAGGCCUCCCGUCUGCCGUGUGGCCGGGGGGCGAGACGGAGGCCCUGACCAGGAUAGAGAGGCACCUCGAGAGGAAGGCUUGGGUGGCCAACUUCGAGAGACCCAGAAUGAACGCCAACUCGCUGCUGGCCAGCCCCACCGGCCUCAGCCCCUACCUGCGCUUUGGCUGUCUGUCCUGCCGCCUCUUCUACUUCAAACUCACCGAUCUCUACCGCAAGGUGAAGAAGAACAGCUCCCCGCCCCUCUCGCUUUACGGCCAGCUGCUCUGGCGCGAGUUCUUCUACACCGCUGCCACGACCAACCCGCGCUUCGACAAGAUGGAGGGCAACCCCAUCUGCGUGCGCAUCCCCUGGGACCGCAACCCCGAGGCGCUGGCCAAGUGGGCCGAGGCCAAGACCGGCUUCCCCUGGAUCGACGCCAUCAUGACCCAGCUGCGGCAGGAGGGCUGGAUCCACCACCUGGCCCGCCACGCCGUGGCCUGCUUCCUGACCAGGGGGGACCUGUGGAUCAGCUGGGAGGAGGGCAUGAAGGUGUUUGAGGAGCUGCUGCUGGACGCAGACUGGAGCGUGAACGCGGGCAGCUGGAUGUGGCUCUCCUGCAGCUCCUUCUUCCAGCAGUUCUUCCACUGCUACUGCCCCGUGGGCUUCGGUCGCCGCACCGACCCCAACGGCGACUUCAUCAGACGAUAUUUACCUGUUCUCAGAGGUUUCCCCGCCAAGUACAUCUACGACCCCUGGAACGCCCCGGAUUCGGUGCAGGCGGCUGCCAAGUGCAUCAUCGGCAUCCACUACCCCAAGCCCAUGGUGAACCACGCAGAGGCCAGCCGCCUGAACAUAGAGAGGAUGAAACAGAUCUACCAGCAGCUGUCCCGCUACAGGGGACUAGGUUUGCUGGCCUCAGUGCCGACCAAUCAUAACGGGAAUGGGAACGGCGCCAUGAUGGCGUACUCUCCUGGGGAGCAGCAGACUGGGACCUCAGCAACAGCCACGACAGGUGUAUCGGGGAGUAAGGUUGCCAGUGGCAACGGUAGCGGCAGCAUCUUAUUAAACUUUGACAGUGAGGAUCAGCCGAGACCAAGUAGAGUGCAGCAGCAUGGCUUCCCCACUGUGGCGGAUCCAGCCCACCGGCUCCAGCAGCCCGGCAGUGCACACGAGUUUGCUGUGCCACAGCACCCAGGCCGUCUGAGUCACCCCGGGGGGAAGAGGGAGCUGGAGUCGGAACGUGGGCCUGGAGGGGAAGACGAAACACGGGGCUCCUCACGCAAAAUACCACGACAAAACACUGAGAGGAGCUAGGGUCUGCAGGAUCGGUCCGCACCUCACCAAGUCCCUGCUCAGCACGGACGCAAGGCGCACCAGGGAGACACAGAUCCACAAGAUCCACUUUUCUACCUUAAUUUUACUGAGAAUGUUUGCAUUUCUUAUUCUGUGCCGAUUGUGUAUACAGUUUCUUAAGAUUCAACCUUUUGUGCCCCAUGUGAAUCUCGAGAAGAUUUCACGGUCACAUUCAAAGGUGUAAAUGUGAGAGUGGCUAAGCUUUGGAUGGUUGGGUGAAAACACUUGGGGGUUCAGCUCGAAGAGAAUUGGGGGUGUUAGUGGGCAGAUAGUGGGCUGGUGGCAGAGCUGACUGGGUCACUUUAAGAUGAGUGAGGUCAUCAGGGUCAGAGGUCAGUCUGAACCCCACCACUCUGCAGCACCCCCCUCUCCCUUUCCCCCUCACCAGUUCUGUUCCUCUGGGUUCGAACCCAGGGCAGCUGUAACCUGCAAGCCUAUAGGAGACAACUUGCAUCAAAGCAACAUGCUUUUAGCCCUUAUCAGAAGUUAGUUCACUUUCCCUUUCAUGCUGGCCAAACCUUGGCCCCUGGGACACUGUGUGGAAUGUACCGGGAUGAUGGGCAGCUUCUCUCAGAAAGGUCAUUAGCAUUUUAGUCUUUUUUUCCCCCAUGUGCUAGGAACAAAACCACCCCCCCCCCAAAAAAAAAAUCAAGAAAUAUUCAAAAAUAAGCACCUUAAUUCCCAUGUACGUUCUUAUGACCGCUGCUUUUGUAAAAGCAGAGACCACAGAAUGCGCGUAGGAAUAAGCUGCUUAUUAUCAGCUGGUAACUUACCGGCGCCCCCCUACUGGUCCAGUAGCACACUGCAGUAAUACCAGGGUGUUCAGUUCUGGUUUUUUUCCUCGUCAUAGCUCCUAGUGCCCAAGUCUUUUUUUUUAUUGUACUGGCUACAUAUUGACUCGCAUUACAUCGUGAUUGUGUCCACUUAGCAUGAGCUCAUGCAAGUGUUUUUGUACAUAAAAAUACAUCUUAAUUAUUAUAUAUAUAUAUUUUGAUACUGCAUAGGCUAUAUGUGAUUUUGUAGAUUAGCUUCAUCACUGUCGCAGACAUGAAGGAACUGCAGCUGCUGACCGGGAAGGGAAGGGGUUCCGUACAUGUCCGCAUUGGAACAGCCUGGGCAGCAUUAACACUCGAUUAUUACUGUCUGAAGGAACAGUGAGGAAAGUGCAGUUACUGUACCGCCAGCGAAGCCGCUAACAAAAGACUCCGGACGAUUACACUUUUCUAAUAUCCCAGCCAUCAGCGUUCUGACCUGGAUAAAAAUGGUUUGUGAUGCGUUUUCCCUCCCGGGAGCAACUGGUGGGCGAUGACUGCUCGAGGCUGUUCGGAGAUUUAGCCAGCAGCUGCUCCGCGGUCAGGCGUGAAGGUUGUUUUGCGUCACGGGCUCUGUGAGGUCUCGUUAUGUUUCCCAGCAGUCUGUUUCUCCCCGUUUCGCGCCCCCGUCCAAAGCUAGCAACUCGUUCUCGCCUUUCUCCGAAAGGCCGUUUGCUGUUCGUGUUCAUGCGGAAGCACAAGAGAACAGAAGCUUCCUGAAAAAAAAACUGUUAUUCAUAUUAAUACUGUGGUCAAAUACUCAUGAGUGAUACAAAGUGUCAACGAGGGAAUGCAAAAAAAAAAAAAAACGUCUGUACAUUUUACAAAUAUUUUUAAUAAAAACGGAAAAGAAAAAACAUGGGAUUAAGCUGAGACAACAAAACUUUUGUGUAUGAGCCUUUUAGCCACUAGUUCCUACAUCUGUAUCAGAUAUGUGAUUGGACAGGUUUUAUCGUUUUAAACACAGCACACUUAACGCAACAGCUGCGUCUCGUUGCCCUUAACAACAAAACAUUCCUUACGUUCUAAGUAUGUUUAAAAGGAAGUGGAAUUGAUGGGAAUUUGCCCUCCCUUUAAAAGGCUGUGCAGUGCAUGGUUCAUUUGGUUACCAGCAUCUAUUUUGUCUCUUUGUUUGCUGUCAAGAAAUAGUUACCCCCCCCCCCCCAACUCUUGUAGACCUUAAUAUUUUGAUAUAAAAAUAGCUGGGAAUAGUUACACUACAUGUGGUCAAAAUACAAAAGAUUACAUUUUAGUAUUUCCCUCAGAUUUAUUGCCCUAUGAUCCCUCAGGAAAACGCAUUCAUUUUGGCUGAACUGUCAGUUGCUGUUCAGCUAAACUGCCCUGUGUUAAAGCGGUGUGAAACACCCGAGGCAGCUACAGGUUAUUCUGGCACAAAAUGGCGACUGUCCAACUCCUAGUUUUACCACUGCAGGUGAAAAAAACAAACAAACAAACUGCUCCUAAACUGUUGGUACUGCAGCGAUAUGUGAAAUCCUAUCAACUCCCGAGAAAUCACUGCGGUUGAAAACAUUUCUUGUCUGUACAACUGCAUGUUCAUUUUCAAAUCAGGAGUUGGAAUUCUCGUGUUUAGCUGUGGAAUUCAACCACCCUGUUUUGUGUCCGAUGCUUUAAGGAAAUGUUCCGCUUGGUGUGCGUUUCCUGGGAUACGAGUGUCUGUACAGUUGGUGUAGAGGCUGUCAGAAUGGGGUGUUUCUGUAUUGUAAUUUGUAGACAUGCAUAUGUUGUGUUAUUGAAGCUGUACAUUGUUAUUGUAGUUGUACUUUAUGACAAACAAAAUGAACCAACCUUUUUUUCCUUUUCCUUCUCAUUUUCUUUUAAAUUCUGUUAAUUUCUGAGGAGAACUUUAAGAAAGGCGAAUAUACUGUGUUAUUAUUGGUAUACUCUCUCUCUUCCCUAUUCUGUGAUGUCGUGCUCGUGUUUAAACAGGACAUGAAAAUAAAUUUGUUGCAACAGCGAA